CUCUCUCUCUCUCUCUCUCUCUCUCUCUCUCUCUUCAUGUCAUAUUUUCAUCUUAUAAAUAUUAUAGUAUAACUUGGUGGGAUGAUGAUGAUAUAAUUGUGGUUGUUUUUUUUGUUAGCCAAGACGUUGCAUCAAUCGCAGGUGUAAGGUCUGUCCAAACCCUCCCACUCUCUAACGGAACUUACUUUUCAUCUAUCUUUCCCUCUCCCUUAUAUAAUUAAUCUAUUUAGCUAAUUCAAAGGAUCUCUCUAGCUCGGCUCCUCCCUUAUAUCUAUUGAUCUCUCCUGCAGUACCGUAAUUAUAAUUGUCUCGGUUGUUAGUGCCUUGCCCCUACGGUCUACAUCAUCGUCCUCGUCGUCAUCUUCUUCUUCUUUGCUCUCGGCAAUAGUAAGAAUCUAGCUAGUAUUAAUCGAUCCGUUUGAUCACGAAUGAAGAACAUCAGGCAUCCAUGGUCUUUGUAGUGAAUUAGCUCUACCUAAGUUGUUCGGCAGCUUUAAUUCCUACUUAUUAAUUUGUUCUUUUUGUGUUUAUUUAAGAAAAAAAACACUUGAAGAUCAAAUUUGAAUACAUAUAAUUAAGAUGUGCACUAGAGGCCAUUGGAGGCCAGCUGAAGACGAGAAGCUUAGGGAGUUGGUGGAACGAUAUGGACCUCAUAACUGGAACGCAAUAGCAGAAAAGCUCCAAGGAAGAUCAGGAAAAAGCUGUAGGUUGAGAUGGUUCAAUCAGUUGGACCCAAGAAUCAAUAGGAACCCCUUCACAGAAGAGGAAGAAGAGCGUCUCUUAGUUUCUCACCGCAUUCAUGGAAAUAGAUGGGCUGUUAUUGCAAGGCUUUUCCCUGGACGUACCGAUAACGCAGUCAAGAACCAUUGGCAUGUCAUCAUGGCACGCAGAUGCAGAGAAAGAUCUAGGCUUAAUCACUCCAAAUUAAUAAGGAAUACUUCUACUGCUCAAACCUCGUUCAUGAGUAUCAUUACUAACAAUAAUGAACCAAAAUCCUCUUCAAAACAAGACCAUCCCCUGCAGAUCAAUUGCGAUAUCGGCACAUGGAACCUGGAUUCAUAUAAUUAUAUUGGGAAAUACUACUCAUGCAGCGACAGAAAUUAUCAUCAAUAUCGGCCAGCUUUCACUCAUAGCCCUCCUCCUCCAUUUCCAAAAGAGUUCUAUCCCAAUACCUGCAGUGCCACAAUGCACCAAGAUCAUAAUAAAGAUCAGCCAAUUGAGUUUUACGAUUUUCUCCAAGUAAAUACUGAGUCUAAUGGAAGUGAAGUGAUAGAUAAUGCAAGAAAGGAGGAGGAGGAGGUGGAUCAGGAAGGUACGGGACAACAGAAAAGCAACGUGGCCGGUCUUCCUUUUAUCGAUUUCUUAGCUGUUAAUACUGGGAUUUCUUCAUAAUAUUGGUGUCUUGAUGAAGAUCAAUGAUAUCUCAGCAGUGUAAAACUAUCACUAAUGACAUACAAACGAUAUAACUUACCAGUUAGAUGCAUGUUAACUGCAUCAAUGCACAGAUAAUCAUAUUUAUUGAGAUACCAAUCUACGGAUCAUAUUGUAGCUUGCUAGCUAGGCAAGUAUUGUAGAAAGGAAGAUGCUGUUAUGCAAGUGUUAAUGUUAAAUUAUAUUCCGAAGCGAGAAGCUAAGGACUC